AUCCGUCCAUCCGUCCGUCCGUCUGGUGAAAAUGUGUUUGAUGGCGCAAAGUCCCAGCCAAUUCACACAAAGUACGACAAGGUUAUUCGCCACGAUUAAUGAGUCCCAGGCCAGUAGUUCCUUCCCAACAGAGCAGAGCUGGUGUCGCAACAGCAGACAUGACAUCCAUCACAAAUCCAGGACAGUGUCAGAACAGACAGCUUCCCCUCGAUCGUCAGCACAGUCGUCGAGGGGUCGCCAAUGGCUCGAUUUGGGUCCGCAGGCGGCUGAUCUGGGUGUCCUUGAGCUGAUUGUCUGCCCGGGCCCCCUGCAGGUCCGCAACGCGCCCAAUGAAUGCUCUCCUUACAUGUGUGGAUGUAUGUUUGUACCUUAAGCAUAGCCCGCAGCAUCUUGAUUUCCGUGUCUCGCCUUUCACUUCCCUCUCGCAGCUCACUAAUGGCACGUUUAAGUCGCUCAUCAUACCUGCCCUGGAGCCCAUUGAGAUCAUCUUCCAUCGCCUUGUUUCGCAUCCUCGCCUCCUGCAGCAGCUGUCUCUCCCGCUUCAGCUGCUCGGCCACCUCGUCUCUUUCACGAGAGCAGCCGCGGAGCUUCCUCGAGAGGUCAUCGAUCUUCUGUCGGCUGGCGUCAAGGAGCUUCUCCUUCUCCUUCUCAACGGCCCCAGAAUACUGCUCAGCCGCCGACGCCCUCCUCUGCAUCUGCUCGAGUCUCCUCUGCUCGUCAGCCCGUUCGAUGGCAUGCUUGUUCUGCAGAUCCUUCAGCUGGGAAACGCACGAUGAAUACUUGUCAUUAAGGGCCGCGAAGGCUUUCCUCGUCUCUAGCAAAGCGUCUUUGUGCAUCUGCACCUCGUUUCCCAGGGACCGUUGUUGCUGUGCCAUUUUUUGCUGUGCUAUUUUGGUUUGAACGGAUUCCAAGUCAAGCCGCAGGCUGUGGUUCUCGGCUCGUUGUGCGCCCUGCAGACGGAGGAAAAGCCUGACUGAGGGUGUAAAUCGUCACGUCGUGCGCCUUGUGCUGACCAAAAGCUCGAUGGACUCCUGCUCAUUGGCUUUCGCGCGUCGGAGGCCCUCCUUGGCCUCAGCCAGCACCCCAACCAUGUUCUCGAGCUCGUUGCGUAGUAAACGGUUGUCGCCUUGCAGUCGAGACGCCUCGCUUCUCACUCGGUCCAAUUCACGGCUUUUCUCCGCGUCUUGUCGCUGGAGCUUCGCAUGUUCUAUUUGCAAGUCGUCAAGGACCUUCAGCUUUGCUCGCGACGUCAGCUCCAUAGAUGUCAGUUGGGCCAUGUCCAUCUCAAGCUGAGUGAUGCGCUUGGCGGAGGCACGUGCUUGCUCCUCGGCGCGGGCAGCGAGCUUCGACGUUUUCGUCUCCAAGAGAGCCUUCGCAUCCUCAGCCUCAGCGUUUUGGCCCUGCAGUCUCGAUAUAUCGCGAUUGAGAGCCUCAAUCCGUGACUGCAGACCACCAUGCUCCCUCUGCAGGCCGUCUCGCUCAGCCUGAGCCUUCGUGAGGUCCCGUUUGAUACUGUCGAUCUCAUCCGCUAGCCGCUUGUUGUCUGCUUUCGCCUGUUUCAUGGCUGCGGAGAGAUCCUCAGCCCUUUUCCUUUCGCUGGCGGCAAGUUGGGUGGCCUGAUCGAGCUGGGCACCGGACUUGUUGGCUUCUCGUGUUUUGUCGCGGAGGUCUCCUGUGAGUGAAUCGACUUGGGGCUUCAGUGCCCUCACCUAAGAUGUAAAAUGAGGCAGGCAUCCACACAUCCAAACGAAGGAGACAUGUGAUCGUCACCUCUUUUCUGGCAUUUUCGCACUCUUCAUCGGCGAAUGACUUGUCCGUCAACAAGUGGUCGUAGCUCUUCUUGAGGCUGGUCAAUUGCUGGCUUAAUUGGCGGAGCUCCUUUUCAAGAGCGUCAUUGUCAGCUGUUAACUGAAAACACAUGUAUGUCGCCAUGUCUCCUCGUGGCAGCCAAUAUGUGAGUUCGCGCACUAGAGUACCUUUUUGUUCCCAGCCUUCAGGUCAUCCGCUUGCAGCGAGAGCUCGGCCUGCACAGCUUGGCUUGCAUCCAGAUCGUUUUGCAGCGAGACGACGGUCUGGCUCUUCUCCGUCAAACCCCUCAAGUGGGAGUCAGCUUCCUUGUCUAGGCGGCUCUUCACCAUCUCCAAUUCUUUGAGCGCUCCUGCCGAGGCUUCAUCUCUUGCCUUCAGUGACUUGGUCAAUCUGUCAAUCGUCCGCUGUUUGUCCUGGACGUGGCCUUCUGAAGCCAAGAGCACCGCUUUCGUCUCGUCAAGUGCUGCCGCAGCCAUGUCUCUCUCAUGUGUCGUUUGUGUUAGCCCGCCUUCCAAGGCGACUUUCUCGUCCGCGAGGCGUCCAAGGUCCGCAUCUUUUUCGGCCAGCUGUUUUCUCAAAACCUCGAUUUCGGU